AUGAGGUGUCCAGUUGGACCGGCCAUCUCCACGCGGCUCCGUGCCAUUCCCAGAAGCGCCAGCAAGGCCCUUGCUGGGAAGGACACCGCAGCUACAACCAGCAGGGAUGCGCAGCACCCGCAGGAUGGCCGUGCCUCAGUUUCCCCUCGGAACGCUGCAGCGGGACCGGAGUGUGGGGGAUCCAAGCGCACACGGAGGAGCAGCAGCAGCCCCCAGCACGGCCGUGCCACCCCGGCUGCUUGCCCCCGGGCAUGCGGCUGCUCCGGCGCCUUGGCGGGGGUGGCUCUGGGGUGGCUGGAGCCCAUCCCAGCCCCGUCACCGCACGCAAGCCGGAAAAGUUCAUUCACAGCCGUCGCAGGCAGGGACUGCCCGAGUGUCCCGGGGCCGGGGAGGGGACGGAGGAGCGCGGAGCAGCCAUCCCGGUGCGUGUGCUCUCACGGUGGUGGCAGGUCCCCCCUUGUCCCCAGCAGCACCCAGCAGGAGAAGAUGCCAGGCGGGAGCGUGUGGGUGCUGGUGCUGGCGCUGGCACUGCCCAGCACCGGACAGCAGCACCUGGAGGAGGCCGAGCGCAUCAUGAGCAGCACGCCGGUCAUCGAUGGGCACAAUGACCUGCCCUGGCAGCUCCUUCGGAAGUUCAACAACCAGCUGAGGCUGCCAGCAGCCAACCUGACACUGCUGAACGACACCCACACCAACAUCCCCAAACUGCGCCGGGGGCACGUGGGCGGGCAGUUCUGGUCGGUGUACGUGCCCUGCGAGACGCAGAACAAGGACGCGGUGAGGCGCACGCUGGAGCAGAUGGACGUGGUGCAUCGCAUGUGUGACCUGUACCCAGAGACCUUCGCCUGUGUCACCGACAGCAGCGGUAUCCGGGAGGCGUUCCGGAGCGGAAAGGUGGCCAGCCUCAUCGGGGUGGAGGGUGGCCACUCCAUCGACAGCAGCCUGGGCGUCCUGCGCACCCUCUACCGCCUGGGUGCCCGCUACAUGACCCUCACCCACAGCUGCAACACCCCCUGGGCUGACAACUGGCUGGUGGACACCGACGAUGAAAAACCUGUGCACCACGGCCUCUCACCCUUUGGGAAGAUGGUGGUGGAGGAGAUGAACCGCCUGGGCAUGAUGGUGGACCUGGCCCACGUCUCAGUGGACACGAUGAAGGUGGUGCUGAACAUCUCCAAGGCCCCCGUCAUCUUCAGCCACUCCUCUGCCUACAGCAUCUGCCCCCACCGCCGCAACGUGCCCGAUGACGUGCUGCAGCUGGUGGCCUCCACAGGCAGCUUGGUGAUGGUCAACUUCUACAAUGCCUACGUGACCUGCAGUGACAAGGCCAAGCUGUCCGAUGUGGCAGACCACAUGGACCAUGUGAAGAAGGUGGCUGGUGCCCAGGCUGUCGGCUUCGGGGGGGACUAUGACGGGGUCCCAGGGGUCCCCACUGGCCUGGAGGAUGUCUCCAAGUAUCCCAUGCUGGUGGCCGAGCUGCUGGCAAGGAACUGGACAGAGGAGGAGGUGAAGGGAGCCCUGGCUGAGAACCUGCUCCGGGUGUUCAGCAGAGUGGAGGAGGUGAAGAGGAGCCUGCAGGGCACGGCUGCCCACGAGACCCCCAUCGCCUUCGAGGAGCUGGAGGGGCCGUGCAGAACCAGCUACGGGUACCCCAACGGCGCCGGCACCGCCCGGGCCCCGCCGGCAGCCCUGGCACCGGCGCUGGCACUGGCCCUGCUCCUCGCCGUGCUCUCCUAGCACCCGGCUGCCACCGUGGCCCUGGCACCGUGCCCGGGCCCGCCGGGCGGGGCACGGUCCUGAGCUCCUUUCUGCCGGACCUGCCGGCAAAAUAAAACCGUGGCUCGAGCAGCGCCGGUA